AGCAUCAGCUGAGGGUCCAAAACAAGUGAGCCCAUUCAUGUUUGAUUUGCUUACGCUUGGCCUACUGCCCGCCCAGAGUUCAGUCGUAAAGGCGACCGAACCCAAUUGCCACAACAAUGGCCCCUUGCCGUUUCUCUCGUCUCUGGCUCUCUUGGGUUUUCUGUAUCUAUCUAUAACUCCUUUUCGUCCGUGGCCUACCUAUGCCCUAGCAAAGCUCCCGAGACGCAUGAGAAAGUGCCUCCUCCCCCCUGAAAUCCGAUCUUUGGUGGCAGAUUAGUCCCUUUGUUACACAGCGCAUGCGCUGCGCUGGUUUCUUCAGAUCGAGACCAGACCACUCUUCUCGACAAUAUCUUCAAAGUUGAAACCACUUCUCUAUGGUGCUACAUCUCCAUGAAUAACCUGCACAAACACACCGCAACACAUAUUCCACAUCCAUUAAGAUGGACCACAGUGGGCAGAACAGAAAAUCACAUAGGUCAUCUUUCUCUCAGCACCUACAGCGGGUCUUUCAUCUGGAUAAGCUUGUUAAUCAGGAUAAAAGUAGCCAAUUCUCAGGCCCGUUGGAAACCGGAGUCGCAAGAAGCCAUCAGCAAGAGCAACGAAAAUUACAACACAGAGACAGAGCUGAAAAAGUUGACUAUACAAGCCAGUCGGUGUCCUCCAUCAGCACCAACGAUGAUGCCGAUCCACAAGCAUCCGAAGGUUCAAAGCUUUCAGUCCUCAACAAAGGCAGAUCCAAGAACUCGCCAACAUACUCUGUUAGCCUGGGAACAUCACAAAUAUCCGACCAUUCUCUUGUGGUCAAUUCUACCCACGAGCAAGCGCCAUUUGACUCGCCUUUCUGGAUUAAUAAAGCGGUGCAGAAGAAUGAAAGGCGGGCUACAAGGCGCCUAGAAGCAGAAAGGGUGGAGCUCGAGAAAAGGCUCCUGAAGCUUGAAAGAGCCGAAUCUGACCAAGAAUCCGGUCUGCAUAGGAAAGAAACCCGUCGGUUAACGAAGAAACAACCAAUAAGAAGCUCAAGUAGGGCAUCAAGUGUGAGUGCAGAUGAAUCUCGCUCCUCGACCCGUUUUUCUUCUUUAUUUUCAAUCUCACAGCGCACUUCUCGGUCCCGAUCGAGUUCUCUAAAUGAAAGCGACAAAGAACUUCCGAAAUUUCCACCACUUGAUGCCAGAGAAAUAUUGUCAGGUACGAACCUAACUUCACAAUCAAUUCGACAUCAUGUCCCUUUGGCAAUACCUGAGCGUUUUGGCACCACGAUAUCUAAAGAGCUCGCCAUUAACAAUGCGCUGCUUCCACAUCAACGUGGGCCUUCAGUCGAGGCGGAUACAAUCAAAAUAGAGUCAAAGACAAAUGAAGCUAGCGGUCAUCGGUGUCAUCGGGAAAGAGGCUUGUCGCAUGAACAGGGCCCUCGGCAAACUUAUCGGGUAGACACCGAGGACAGCACUCACAGGGUAGCUGCGAGAACCCCAAGUUCGUCAGCUCCACCCGCAGAUCUGGACCGCUUGUCAUUUGCAGCAACACUCAACCUUGAAGCAAGGGGAUCUGAAGCUGUGCAUGCAUAUGGUCAUCAUCUUUCAUCGACGAUCCCUUUCACGAAACCGGCGACCAAGCUGGAGAACCACCCCCAGAGAAAGUCUAGAAGUAUCUGGAAAGCACAGGUUGCAUCUGAUCUUGCACCACCUACGGUGAUCUCACCAGAUCAGCCUUCAAUUGUUUUACAAGGAGAGUUAUCGAAGGCUCCAUCGAACAAACUCUCUGCAGAUCGCUAUCAUCAAAGACACAAUAAGGCGUACAUACCAUCUCCCCUUGCAGAGUCCUCAACCCUGGAUGGCAAUUCCAGCUUGUUUCUCCAUUCUAAAAUGGCUACAAAGAUGCUAAAAUUGCAGGCCUGCGGUGACGCCGAAGAGACUCGAUCCUCGGCAUCGGCUCAGAGGCCUCUAUCAAGGGACGUUAAACGAGGCGCAGGCGUUCAUGACCCGCUUAUCAGUAGUAUCAUUCGGGAGUCACAGGAGCGAUCACCAAUCAGGAGGUCGUCUCCCUGGUUGUAUGGCACAACAAGAAACAGCUCAGUUGACCUAGGCAGCCAUAAGGCAAAGCAUGCAAAACGGGGCGGGAACCUGGAAUUCCAAGAUCCCCGACUGCAUGACAGGAUCCAUGCAUGUCAAGAAAUCUUUCCCCGUGGCUCUCAAGGAGCGUCUCAACUAGAAAGACUCGAAGCAUGUCAUAUACCCUUCAAGAGCAAGAUUUCACAACCGAGUGAAUCCAGCUCAUCAUUAGCUGCCACCUCCGAGGAGCCACAAUCAGAAGAAUAUGACACGGCAGAUGAAGCUUGCUCGCCUAUUUUGCUCCCUCAACAUGAUAAUGUUCUUCCGGUCAAGUGCCCAGACAAUGACACUAUCUCGAACGGUGUUGAUAUUACUGAUGGUGAUGUGUUGUGCGGUCUGGGAACUCCAAGCGCUGCAGUUGCAGUCUCUGACACGCAAAAACUAACCAACGGACGCAUGGUGGCCAUGAGGAACGUACAAGCUGACAGUUCAAUUGACAUGCGCUUUGUCAUCUGCUGCCACUGCAGCCACUGGCAUGAUAUGCCAUCGGAAGUGUAUACGAGACUAUCGCCGCUCGACACCCCUUCAAUCGCCAGAGCGCCGGGAUUCCCUACUAUGCAGGCAAAAAUAUCUACUCCCAUAGAAGAUACCAUCUCGAGCCUACCAAAAGUUAAAAUAUCCAGGCAACACUCUACUCUAUCGGUAUCGAACCUUUCUGCCUCUGCCAUGAGGGCCCAAGCUCCGCCCUCUACAGUGUCGUGCUGUUGGUGCAGUCAUGAAAUGAGUAGGUCAUGUUGUCAGGGAUGGACAGCCAUUGUUCACAUGUGUCAGAGGCAUCACUGAUAAUGUGACAACCGGGUAAACUGCAAUCUGUAUGACGACGGGUGAUCAAUUGCGAUUUCAGCCACUGCCUCGCCUAUCCCCUAAGCCGUCGAUGCAGCUGUUCAUGGUUUCAUAGACCCGGAGGUUAGCCUGUCCGCCACUCGUCGCAGUAGAAGAAGCGUUCGGUUUGUUUCAAUUAGGGGGCCUGGGGCACUCUUCAACGGGGCGCUAUGUACGUAGAGAAGGAUGGACUCAGUUAUGGUUGCCACCGAGUAUCCUGGCACGAUCGGCCUAAGAAAGUGAUAUCGCUAGCUGUAGUCGGACGAGGCGGUGAGAACAAGGAAUACGAUAAUAUUUGGAGACGGGAUGUUGGACUGAUGAAGGCCAUGCCGGUGGGUGUGGCAGGAGCCGGAGUGUCAAUAGUCUAUUUUAG